AGGCGUUUCUUUAAUAAGUGAUAUAUCGUGUUCACCUGCUGGCUGUGAGAAGCUGCACUCUACAAGGAACCAUGGCACAGAUCAGCCGGGAAACUCUGAAGAAGAAAAUAUCUGCAAUCCUUAGAGGAGCAGAUCUUGAAACACUCUCGGCAAAGAAAGUUCGGCAACAGCUUGAGAAACAAUUGGGAGUUGACCUAUCAGAUCGUAAAAAGGAAAUAGACGCUAUCAUCAUGGCCGAUGUUGAGGAUCAAGUGAACUCACACUCAGAUGAAGAGGUGUCUGAGGAGGAGGUGCCCAAGGGCAAGGAGGACUCUGAGUCAGAGCCCGAAUCUGAGGGGAAAGGUGGGGAUGAUGACGAUUAUGAGCCGGGUUCCAAAAAAGCUGCCAGAAAACCAAAGGCUAGCCCAAAGAAACGCAAAGCCGAUGACGAUGAUGACUCUGAUGAAGAAUGGGGCAAGAGGAAGAAGGUAGUGGCUCCCAAAAAGGGUGGUGGACGCGGUAAGAAAUCUGCAUUUACCAAGUCUUUCAAAUUGUCUCCUGAACUGGCUGAUGUUGUGGGCUCAGAUGUAAUGCCUCGCCAUGAAGUUGUUAAGAAACUAUGGGCAGUCAUUAAGGAAAGGGAGCUGCAAGAUCCUAAGAAUAAGCAGUUUGCAAUCUGUGAUGAUCAACUAUUGAAAGUGAUUGGUGUAAAGCGCUUCCGUACUUUUGGCAUGAUGAAACAUCUGAAGGACCACUUCCUGGAGGCUGCAUAAGGAAGCUUCAUAUACUAGGGACCCUGUCAGUCUCCAAUGCCCGGCACACCACGGCAGUUGACUUCCCAAAAGCUGCUGUUCUCACCCAUAUUCACUACCAACUUUGCUUAGUUGAGAAGCCCCACAUAUUAUUUUUUCUGGAGGUAUGAUUUGAUGAAUUAUGAGGUCUGCUUAUAAAUAAAUUUAAAUGAUCAAUAGUAUCAUUAUUGUCUAAGAAUAUAAUUUCUGUAGGUGAAAUCUCAUUAGGGGUUUAGCUAGAAGGACAAGUUUUGUCUUUCUAAGCAUUGUUUGGUGUGUGCCUUUUUGUAUCCUUUGUCAGCAAUGGAAUAUGCAUUAGUUGAUGUGCUUGUUUUAUUUGUUUGUCUGAUAAUUCAAAUAAGCGUUUGUGUUUAUUCAUAUGACGGAGAUUAUCCCCUCCCCUUUCCUCUGUCUGAUGUGUUCAUAAAAAAUGGAGAACCACUCCUUUAGCAGACUCACUUCUUCAUAUAUAACAUUGUCAUUAAUCAUUACAUUUCAGUUUUGGACAGUAGCAAUGUAAUAUAAAAUGUUAUAAUUUUUCUGUGGCUUGGAGUAGAUAGGUUCUGCUUUAUAGGUUAUAUUAUUUAUCAGGUUACUGCAUUCCACAUGCUCAGAAUGUUUUGUGACUUGGGAUUUUGUGGAAUAUGUUAAGGAUUUCAGAAUUAUUUUUGAAUUAUUUUAUGUUUGUGAUAUAAAAUAGCCACAGAUAGUUAACAAAUUAAUAUUAAAAAUCUGUCACAAUG